AUGUCGCUAUGCCCAAAGUCUGACCGCCAUGGGGAGGAUGACUUGAGGGCUGAAUAUUCCGGGUACCUCUGUGAGAGGCUGCACUUUGCGAUGCGCACGUGCAAUAUUGCAGAGCAUGGAGAUUGGCUAGCCUCGUCGAGGGCCGAGCCCGCAAUGCAGCCACAUCCCGUUCCCGUCUGCCUUCGCCUGAAUCGUCUAGCUGAGGGUAAUGUGGCUGCACAACCCCGCAGUGACCACAAAUCACAAGCAAGAUACCUGUGGGGCGCUCGCAUGCAUAGCCCGAUCUUCAGCCUCGUUGCAAAAACGCCACGAGAUAGAGAUAAGAACGACCAAACCCUGAUGCGGAAGACGCCUGAAUUCUCAGGACGAGUCCACAGGUUUGCCUACGCUGAGGUCCGAUCUCAAACCAGAAUGCUUCAGCCAAUAUUCGACCUUCUGAUCAUCAUCAUACAAUACCUCCUGUCAGGAUCGCUGAAAGGUGUCAACGUCAUGUACCAAAAUGCCAUGCUAUGGGCAAACGGCUCGACUCCAAUAGAAUUGCUGGCUAAGGAGAUUGAUGAUGCCCUUUGCUACAAUUCCGAUGGCCAGGAGUUCCUACCUGAAGAUAAGAUAAGGUACUUCACUCAAGAAGAGAAAAUCUUAUCUGUCAUCGGUGACGCAAAGUUGUUCGGGAGUAUGGCUGAGCUCAUCACUUUUAUCUCGAACGAGGCGCCGAGAUUAUUCCUUAUCCUUGUUUUGAUGGAGAGUGAACCCCUGGAAGAGCGACUCAAAGACUUCCGAAACGAGAAUUUUGUUGAUUCUGUGUUGCCGAUCAAACUCGACCAAAACUAUCUCGCGACAACGUUACGUGUACAAGAGCCAGUCAAUCUUACCCGAUAUUCAGUCUUCACCCAGUGGGGGCGAGAACGGAGACGUUCAUUCACGAGUUCUCAAUGGUUUUUCACAGCUCCUGUUUUUGGCACAUCGAAAUUCCAUUUGCAGCUCGCUGCGGCACAGAGAUUGCCAUUUCUGGACGUCGCACCACGACCUGCGAGUAGUGGCUAUUUUGGGGAGGUUACCAAAGUUAUCAUUCACGCCAAACACGUUGAUCCAUCGGCAAAGCUCUCUGUUUUUCCGUGGUCUCCAAGAUCAUCGGGCAAGGAUAAAAUCCCUCUUCCAAUAGAAGCCAUAGCAGUUGCGGUUAAGAAAACCAAGGAAGGCGACGACGAUCCUAAGUUUAGCCGCGCCGCAUUUUUCGAUAAGGAGGUCAGGAAUCUAGACAUUCUGCGAAACUACCGCUCACCGCAUCUUAUCAAGCCAAUCGCAGGCUACCAGAUCGGCCAAAACAGAUGUUUGAUGUUUCCUUGGGCAGAUGGAGGUAAUCUCGGCCGUUAUUGGGAGGAGCAUCCAUCACGUGCUCGAGAUAGAACACAUGUCCUAUGGCAGCUUCAUCAAUUUGUGGAGAUCUGUGGCGCGCUGGAAGAGCUUCAUGGAAGCAAUUGCCGGCACGGUGAUCUGAAGCCUGAGAACAUCCUUUGGUUCGAUCCUGAAGACAAGCAGGGAGGUACACUGCAGAUCGCAGACUUGGGUCUCGCCACCUUCCAUGUAAAAGAAGCAAACACAAGAGAUCGCAAAGGAAUGCCUACCCAGACACCCUCGGGUACUUCGCGAUACGAGCCACCUGAGAUGGAUGCGCAGCGUAAUACAGAUGAAGCACGAUCACGUCAAUACGAUAUCUGGUCCCUAGGAUGUGUCGUGUUUGAACUCCUCUUGUGGCUUGCAUAUGGGCCUAGCGAUAUCACAAUCUUUAGGGACAAUACGCCCUACUUUUGGCAGAGGGGAAACAAACGCGAGCAUGCCAGAUACAUAGUCCACGAAUAUGCCGUUGCGAUUAUGGAAUCCCUGGACACCCAAUUCAAGGCCCACUCAGCUUACAAAGAUCUUCUUGAUCUUGUGCGAUACCGACUCUUGGUGGUCAAGUACUCUGAGGAUUACAACCUUGUGGCGGACGACUGUCGAGCGAGCGCAGCUAAAGUGCAUCAGUGCUUUGAGGGUAUUUAUCAGAGCUGUGCGCGAAACGAGAAAGACUACCUGACGCCCCUCGAAGAAAGGCUGCAGUAUCCCAAAAUCGAGCUUCACAGUCAAGCAACUCAGCGAAAUGGAGCUCAACACAAUGAAGUUCAUGAAAAGGAUGGCAAACUUGCCGUCCCUGGGCAAAAUCCUAUCACUAAGUCUACUGUAGAAACAAAGCAGACCCCAGAAGAAACUUCGAUUCCAGAACUGGAAGAGAGCUUGACUCAUGAAGCAUCAGACGAUCGAACUUCAGAAUUGCCAGUCGAGUUUCGCUUCAAUCUCCGCCAGCCAACCUUUCCUCAACAUCUCGGCAACCAGAACAGUCAGGCGUCACAAGCCUCCAAUCAUCAAGAACGAUAUCCGAAUGCAACUGAUCACCUCGACACAGAAUGUCAGUCAUCCCCUCCAGUCAGCGCAUGUAGUUUCAUUGACGAAGUGAUAUCGCCUCAAAACAGAUCAGUGCAGUCUAAAUCCAGCGUACUAAACGACGACUGGACGUCUCUUCCAGACAACGACUUCGCUGCUGGAUAUCUCAAUAUUAUAGGACGGAGUCGAAUGAGGCCAACACCAAGCAGAGCCGUUGCAGCAACUUGCAAUCACGUUUACUCGAACACGUCUGUGGAUUUGUUCGAUUCAAUUUGUGACCUUGCAGCACUACAAGAUACAGCGAAAGCCUGCGAUCUGUGCAGGUUAUUGCUAGAGGCAUUGGAACGAAGGAAAUUUAAACCACCGGGAAGAGCCAAUUUGCGUACUGACGCUGCUCACGUAGGCCUUGCAGAUGGGCCUAAUCUUCUUUCUCUAUAUCGUACAUUCGAUCCGGACAUACCAGUUCCCGAAGGCGCACAACUAGGUUUGACACAACUUUUCAAUCCAAGCACCCCUGAAUUCUUCGCACUUCUGAAGGAAUGGAUCCGAGUUUGUGACUCAGAUCAUGACCAGUGUCAGCGUGAUAACGUCACACUCACAAUGCCGACUCGGCUCAUAGAAGUGGGCAAACAGCUUCGCCUCGUCGAUACUAGGAACAUCGAACCAUCGCGAUACGUCGCUUUAAGUCACUGCUGGGGCCAUCUACAGGAGCACGAAAAGUUCUGCACCUACAAGCGCAAUAUCACUCAACGCAAGGCAGGGAUCCAAUUCGACGCACUGCCACGAACAUUCCGCGAUGCCGUCAUUGUAGCACGGGGUAUUUCAAUGGAUUACAUCUGGAUUGACUCGCUUUGCAUCAUUCAAGAUGAUGAAGCUGAUUGGCAAAGCGAAGCAAGCAAGAUGGAACAGGUUUUCAGUGCUGCAUACCUAACUAUCGGCGCAAGCUCAGCCAGAUCAUCGCUUCAAGGUUUCCUUGCUGAUCGGCGCCCACGAUCUGUGGUGGAAGUCCCGAGUGAUACAUCGGGUGCGAUAUAUGCUUGUAUGGAUAUUGACGACUUUCAUGAAGAUGUUGAGCUUUCGCCGCUCAAUAGCCGGGGUUGGGUGUUGCAAGAGAGGGCGCUAUCCCGUCGCACGGUAUUCUUUACGUCCUCACAAGUCUACUGGGAAUGUGGGGCUGGCAUACACUGUGAAACAUUGGCCCGUCUCAAAAAUUCUAAAGCUGCCCUCCUGGGUGACGCUAACUUCCCAACAUCUGCCGUGGCUCAUUACAAAGACGGGAGACAACUACUCAUACAGGACUUAUACGAACGAUACUCAAGCUUGGCGUUCACCGAACCUGCAGAUCGAUCCGUCGCGAUACUAGGUUUGCAAGAACGACUUUCAAGAACUUUCACUACAAAAGCCGCCCAUGGACUAUUCGAAGCAUAUUUCGCCCGAGGUUUGCUUUGGAGACGUCGCGACUGGCAGCGUAUGAGGCGCAUUGCGCAACCAUCAGGUCGCCAGGUGCCCAGUUGGUCGUCACUCUCGAAAGAAGGUAGUAUCAAAUACAUGGAUACAACUGAUCAAUUGAGAUUCAAGGAGACUGCAUGGGCUACCAACGAUUUCAAAAGUCCCUUCACUGUCUCGAAAGGGUCUACAAGCAUGCAUGAGGUAAUAGCCUUCCAGGGGUUGACGAGGAGGAUGCAUAUUCCACAGACGGAUAUGUUGGUGUACAUCAAGUUCGAUAGUGAUGACGAUUUCGAAGUGAACGACCUUCGAUGCGUUGUCAUUGGAAGGGACAGAAGUGAUGGAGAGGAAGAGAGCCCAAAGAGCCACGUGUUGGUGAUAAAUCAAUAUCGCCGUCCUAAUGGGGGCCACAUUUGGGAAAGGGUUGGAGUUGCUUCACUCAUCUCCAGUGUCAUUGAUGAAAAAGGAGAAUGGGUAGAUAUCCAUUAG